UUCUUCCAACCAACUUGUUUUUUAUUUUUAACGUCUUAAUUUUUAUCUGCCUUUGCAUUUUGCGUUAUUAUAUUUUCUAUACACCACUGCGCCCUUUUUUAUACCCAAAGACACGGCCACUAGAAAGAGCACGCUACCAUACGUCUGGGUGGUAAUAUUAAACUAUAUUUGCCCAAACCAAGGACGGGAAAUAUACGCAAGAACGAUAAUUGAGUGCGCAAAGCAGCAGCCACUGCAUUCCCAGUAAUUCAAACACUAUUUUCAAAGUAGAAGCAGCACGAACAACGUCACUAUACGGGUUUUUGGUCACCUCAUACAAGACGCACGCUUCCCACGCUCCACGCUCCCCCGGCGCAUAGACGUGCCACUGCAUUACUACUCCUAUUAUUAAACACUCACUCGCACGCUUUCGCACAUACCUAAAUGUCCGAGACAUUGGACCAGCUGCACCGCUCACUGCAAAACAUCCAGACACUCAGCCUGGAUAAGAAGGUUGCAGUGCUCGAGCGACUACAGGAAUGCCUGGCGCAAGGGACAACAGGGUCGACCAAAGCUGUUGAGGGGAUUUUCGCCAUUCUUGCACCCAUCCUCGGGUCGUCGCAGGUCAUUGCGUGCCAGGCGGCACUUGCGUGUAUCCAGCCCCUCGUUGAGCUCAUCACGCGCGACUCCAAUUUGCAGGCCACAAAGGCGCUGCUUCAUUUUAUUUUGCCUCAGUUACUCGAUAGGCUUGGCGAUGGACGGCUGGCCGUGCGCGCAUUGACACUCACGACGCUCACAUCAAUGUGGCUUGAACUGAACAGCAUGCAAAGUCGCAAGUCAUCCUUGGAUCAGCCGCCGUCGCCGACGCGGUCCAGCAGCUCCAGUUACAGCAUGCUUGGCAGCUCACUUCCCAAAUUCACUACGCCAUUUAAAUCGCGGAUCACCAAACCUCGCGUGCCAUCCUCGCCAUUGUCCCAAUGGAAUGCGGCUGCCACCUUUGAGCGCGAUGUGCAGACGCAGGGCUUCGAGCACAAGAUAUGGCGCGUGCGAGAGAUGGCUCUUGAGUGGCUUCACUGCUGCGUUGAAGAGCACCCCCACUUUCCGGCAUCCCACUACAUUAGCUGCGCCUUUGGGUUGUUAGACGAUACCCAGGAAGCCGUGCGAUUUUCUAGCAAGCGGGCGCUGAACAUGAUCUAUCACUCGCGGCCAGAGCUCCAGGGCGAGAUUAUUGCGCGUGUGCGGGUAUUGGAGCACCAGCGCCCCACAUUAAUGUCUGCAAUCACUGAUCCCAAGGGCGAGCUGGCUACAAUGGCUGCGUCACCGUAUGGAGGCAUGCGUAGCGGGUCGCGUCUGGGAAAUGUGCAUAUCUCCCGUCCGGGAUCGCGACUUUCGAGUUCACGCAUGGACUCGCGCGUUCCUCCGCCGCUCCCAUCACAGCCGGUGCCGCCAUUGCCUCCACCAUCGCAGUUUUCAGCCAAUGGCGCGUUCCGAACCAGCAACUACCGCAGCAUGUCCCAACAAGGACUUCGUCCCGGAUCGAGUAUUGGGAAUACUGGGUCGCUCUCGCCCGUACGGCCUAGUCAGCAGAAUAAUCAACACAAUCAACAGCAGCCCUAUCACAACUUGUCCUUGCAGCAUGGUCUGGUGGGUCCAUCAUCUGUGGGUGCCAAUGCAGGAUCGUAUUCGCCCUCGUACCCGUAUUCAACCCCGAGCCCGCCGCCCAUGCAGACGCCAAACGCCAUGUCAGCUGCGACUAACCGGUGUCCAUCGAGCAUGCUCAACCCGCGCCGGCCCUUGCGGAGGCAGCCGUCACUAGCCCAGCUUUCUGAGAUUUUUAAACAAGGCCUGUCAUCAGAAUUUGCCCUUAACGCGGGCUUUUUUGCUGGGCGCGAGUCUGAGGACAACUGGGUGCAGCGCGAGCGAGCCACCACUUUGUAUCGCGGGAUUGUGUGGGGAAACGCAGCAAUCGAAUUCCACGAAGACCUGGUUGCCAACCUGAAGGAGCACCUACAUGAAAUACUCAAGGCGGUCAGUAGCCUGAGGACCUCGAUGUCAUUAUGCGCCAUGCGCUUGUGCGAGGACAUUGCAAUGCGACUAGGGCCUCACGCCGCUGCCAUGUUUGAUCCUAUUUCAGAUGCGCUGCUCAAACAGUGUUCCCAGACCAAGCGGAUUGGCGCUCAAAAGGCAGCAAAGUCGCUUGAGGUGGUCUUCCAGCAUUUUCCGCUGCGUGCAAAGGCCGUCGACUCCCUGCGCCAGCGAAUGUCCGACAAGAGCGCAGUGCUCAGGUCGGUGAUGGUCACCACCUGUAUUAGCAUUCUAGCCAGCCAUGAGAAGAAUCUCGAAUCGUCAGACCGCCGCACUGUCGAGAUCAUGACAACGAUGGGGAGAUCUAGAGAGUCAUCGCGGGAGCUGUUUUGGGAACUGCACAAUGUAUCAGAAAUCCACGGGAAAAAGCUACUGUCCUCGUUCCCAGAUAGCACUCGCACCAUGCUGCUGCGCGACAAGGCCAAGACCCCUUCCAACUCGAGCGCGCGGCAGUCUGGGAUGCGUCCCAGCUUCAAUAGCAUGCGAGGGUCGCCUACUCCCAACCCGAUGAUUUCGCUUGCUUCGGCCGCGGCCCACAAUGCCUUCCCGCGCGAUGGAUACGGCCAGCCGUCGGAUCUCCGACAGUCGAUGGUGCUUGAUGAGAGAAGAACUCCGAAAAUAGUUGACCAGAUUGCUGUUGCUGACAAAAACACCGACGGGAGCAAUGAUGUGCAGAUGGAUGAGGGUGAAGAUGAGGAUGAUUCAUUCGUGUUUGGGGGGCCCAGCAUCCAAAGUCACCAGUACGUUCGCAGACGCGUCCAUGGGCUCAGGACACCCGUGCAGGCGCGCAUGUCCUUGGGGCUAAUCGACUUUAACCAAGUAGAUAUGGGAACCUCGCUUCUCGAGAUGGACACACCGCCUCGAGACCCGCUCAUAACCGCCAACCUGGACGCGGGUACCAAUGCAGGUGUGGACGCGGGUGUGAGCGCAGAUUCUGGCACUGGUGCCAGUGCAAAUAUGGACAUGGGUAUGGAUAUGGACAUGGACAUGGACAUGGACAUAGAAACGGAUACAGACGACGCAAGGACUAUCGUGGCAGCUGGAGAGACAGAUGUUGCAGCAGAGGUGGUUAGUCGUAUGACGCCCGUUGGCCAAGCUGCAAGUGACUCUCAGUUUGACAACCAAGAGGCGGUGCAGACCACUGCUCAAAUGUCUGUUGUUGGACUCAUGGAUCACAACGUUGUACCACUUAGCUUCAUCCAAGCGCUGACGGUGGCGCCAAACACAGGACACGCCUCUAGCCAGUACAGCACGCCGCAGCCAGCAAGGACUCCAGCUGUCGAUUUCAUGCGCAUGGACGAACACGGCAAUGAAAUGCACUCGACGGACAUGGCAGAACACGUCGCAUCGCGCCAGUCUAGCGACUCAGGCUUAGCAGAGACAGCACACGGUCACUUUUUGACUCCAGAGCGGACACCGCUGAUGACCCCGUCGCCUCAAAAUGAGUACCGAAAUUCCAGCGCCGCUUUAAUUGCGGCGUAUGCCAAUCAGACAGCCACUCCGCGCACGCAAACAGCAAGAUACUGGUAUGGCCCUGUGGAUCCGGUGAUGUCUGUCACAAUGCCUCGGCCGACUACUCCGCUGCGGCUGAACAAAAUUGACAUGUAUCUGAAGCGCCUUACCGAAAACUGCGACGUUGAUGAGUCUAUUUUUCGCAGCCUGGCGCGGUUUGCCAAAGAAGGGCUAUCUGGACCGCUUCUACGGGCGUGCCUGGGCUGGCUGCAGAACCCUACUGAAACCCGCAACACUGUGUUCGUGAAGGAUAGCUGCUUCGAUGUCUUGCGUGUGCUGGUGCACCGCAAGUCGCAGUACUUUACUUUGGAUACAGCCAGGCUGCUGCUGCUCGAGGUGGUGCGCAACCGGUUUGUAGACUCGACAAUUCUCAGCGGAACCGCAGAAGACGCCUACUACGAUAUGACAACCCAACUCGAUGCAGACCUUUUGCUGGAACCUCAGGUCCAAACGCUGCCCAGCAUGGACCCCAUGGGCGUGUUUAAAAUGGACAACGCGCUGGCUGUGGUCUUUGAGUUUGUCGCCGAGGUGGUAAAACGGCUGUCGUCGCCAGAGAUGAUCAACACACAGGAGCUGGACAAGUUUAUACCGUACUCGACAGCUUGCGUCAACCACCCGCGGAACCAGGUGCGCAAUGCGGCGUUGGCGCCAAUCGCCGCGGUGCACAAGAAGCUCGGCGGUGCAGAUACUGAGCUGGAAGAGCUGCUGCUGCGUGCCAACGCCAGGCAGCUGGCCGCAUCGACUAACCCGCUGGCCAAAUACAUUGGGAAAUACAUCGCCCAGAGAUGCGCAGGCUUGUUGUUGCCCGACCCUGUCUUUCGCUGAGGUUAGCGAAUGUAACUUCAAAGAACAAAUAAAUAAUAUAAUUUUUAUUCAUUUCUCAUAUCAAGGUGGC